GUUGAUAACGCAGGAGUUGUGAUUUCCUCUAAACUAGCUGCAAGGCUAAACACCUCCGACAAAACAAACUUUACACCGGAGACUAAUUGGACACAUGUGUGCAGCUCUACGUUUGAUGGGGAUCACAGUCACAGUUAAUGUUGUUUACAUCUAAGUGUCUGGACUUAGCAGGAUGCUAGCAUGUGUCGUUAGCAAGCCGCUGCAGGAAAUUAGCUUGUCAGCCUAGUGUUACUAUGAGGUGUAUUUGUUCUUCUUUAUGCUCAUACUAGAUUUAAAUAACCUCUAUGCAAUGGACACCGAGGCAAUAGUUAUUCGAAUAAAAACGCCGUCCGGGGAUAUGGACUCGUCCGUCGACUGUCCAUCUCUUCUGAACUUCAAUGACUUGCUGGUUGCCAUCAGAGAUGUCAUGCCUGAAGCCACUGUUACAGCCUUUGAAUAUGAAGAUGAGGUGGGGGACAGAAUCACUGUAAGAAGUGAUGAAGAACUCAAAGCCAUGCUGUCAUAUUACUUCAAUACAAUGAAUGAACAACGCAUGAAUGGACUGCUGCCGGACCCUCUGCAGAUUUUUCCAAGAGCCGGCAAGACUCCAGGGAUCCGGAACAUACAUGGCCUGAAGGUUAAUACAAGACCUAACCCAGCCAAUGACGGCACGCAUGCUGUCCCAGACUCAAUGGCCAACAACAGUUUAAAGAAGUCAUCUGCUGAGCUGAAAAGGAUCUUGACAAAUGGGCAGAUAAAUGCCCAAGAUAUCCACUAUCAAGAGCAGCUUGGCCAUGGAAACGGAGGAACAGUUUACAAAGCGUAUCAUCUUCUUGGCAAGAGGGUUUUAGCUGUGAAGGUCAUUCCUCUGGAUAUCACAGUGGAGUUACAGAAGCAGAUUAUGUCAGAACUAGAAAUUCUCUAUAAGUGUGAUUCACCUUACAUCAUUACUUUCUUCAGUGCCUUUUUUGUAGAGAACAGGAUAUCCAUAUGCACAGAGUUUAUGGACGGCGGUUCCCUUGAUGUGUACAAAAUAAUUCCAGAGCAUGUGCUGGGGAGGAUCGCAGUCGCUGUAGUCAAAGGCCUGACGUAUCUGUGGAGCCUGAAGAUACUUCACAGAGACGUCAAGCCCUCCAAUAUGCUGGUGAACACCCGGGGACAAGUCAAGCUCUGUGACUUUGGUGUCAGUACACAGUUAGUGAAUUCCAUUGCCAAAACGUACGUGGGAACUAACGCAUACAUGGCGCCAGAGAGGAUAUCAGGGGAACAGUACGGGAUCCAUGCAGAUGUCUGGAGUGUGGGAAUCUCUUUCAUGGAGUUGGCGUUAGGCAUGUUCCCGUAUCCACAGAUUCAGAAAAACCAAGGAUCUUUAAUGCCUCUCCAGUUACUGCAAUGCAUCGUUGAUGAGGAUCCUCCAGUUCUUCCAGUCAGCCAGUUCAGUGAAAAGUUUGUUCACUUCAUCACUCAGUGUAUGCGGCGGCAACCGAAAGAGCGGCCUGCACCCAAUAACCUCAUGGAACAUUACUUCAUCACACAGUAUAAUGAUGGAAACGCUGAGGUGGUGUCCAUGUGGGUCUGUCGCUGUCUGGAGGAGAGACGAGCUCAGCAGGCUCAAGGAUGCGUCUGACGUCCUCUUGUCGCCCACCCAUGAUGGACCCAGAUGUUUUGAUCCCCAAAACCUUAAAACACUUACUAAAGGCUUCAGGGUCAAGUACAUCCAUAUGGCACCGUACAAGUGGACGAGAUGUUGAAUACUGUUGUGAGUAACUAUCACAUGAAGUAUUUAUAUGUGACAUUGAGGAGCUCACUUCUUUUGAACUCUGCAUCCAGUGUGAGCUGAGACAUCAGCACUUUCUUCAGCACAUGAUCUCCAUUCAGCAGCACAGUUCACACAAUUCUUGUGAGUAUAGAGAAUGAAGAUGUAUGUUCGGAUGAACUGACAUAAAAAGUCCUGAUUUAAUGGGACAAUAAAAAAAACUCAAAGCCUAAGACUGCAGUACCUGUGCAGACUUUUUCUGUUGCUAGGAUGGUAUCUCAAAUACCAGCUCGUGCUUUACUGUGGACAGACGUCUACUGAAUGUUAAGGUUUAAGCCUGUGAAUAACUUCCCAUGUGUGUGCCUGUUUUUGUCCCAGUGUUGCACUUGAUUACCUCAGCAAUCAUAGGUUGUCCUUAAAAUAUGAAACCCCCCCCCACCCAGAAAAAAAUGUACUUGUACCCAGUUAUUGCCUUGUCCAUGUGAGCUUCAUACAAAUCUCUUUCUGAGGUAAUAUAGUGAACAACAAGCCUGCAGUAUCAGUGAGAAGCAGCCCUGCAAUGUCACAGAGUGGAAGGAUCAACAAUCAUCUUUUUUCUGUUCUGAAGGUUACUUCCCAAAUUAUUUGUUGUUCAAAGUCGUCGCCAGGAACGAGGCUUUCCCUCCACUUAAAAAGGUCGUUAACUCAGAUAAACGUUUUUCUGUUUGCACAGACAUGCCCGAAUCUGAACCCCACAACUUCUGAAAAGCAGACUGUGCUGUAGCUUUUCUCCACCAGCUUUUAGAAGCUAACUUUUGAAUGUAAAGUUGUUGUUUUUUAUCCACUUUCUUACCUGUAGAUCAUAACUUUGGAAAUAUAUAUAUAUGUGUCAUGUCCUAUACAGAAAUAUAUUUUAGUGCAUUGCCAAAAGAAAUCAGAUGAUAUGCAGGACUUAAGAGGGGAAACAUAAAUGCAGUGCACAGAGAGGAUUGACGAUGGCUAUAUUGAAUAAUGUAGUUUUCCUCUGGAUGUGCUAUGUGACACAAAAAAUUAAUUGCCUCACAGACUGUGUGUGCAGUUUUUGAAAAUGUGUGGAGUUUAAGUGCAAUUAAAUGCCACAAAGGCGAGGUGACAUCAGCGGCAUGGUUUGUAUAGUGCAAACACAAAUGUAAGAGCAGUACAUCGGCGCUACAAAACGCAUCGGUUUAUUCUCUAUAUGAUGAGUUUGUUUCUAAAGGUCACCAUUAAAUUAGCUUUUGUCCUCUUCAGCAAUGACACAUUUCAUGUAAGGUUGAUAUAUUUCUCAGUGUCCUUUGACUAUAAAUCACAUUUACUGCAUCAUUUCACUUAGGAAAAAAGGUUUUUAUAUUUUUUAUGGCGAGGCCUGCAGAGGAAUUGUUUUCAUCAAUCUGAUUAGAACGCUUAUUAUAAUUUUCAGAAUAGACUAUUCAUUAAGCUUUGAUUGAGUGUUACAUACCGACAUAUUACCAUAUGUGCAGGGAAACAAUGACCUAGGUCUCAAGUCCAUAUCAAUUAUAAGCAGGGUUUUUUAUUUAUAAAGUUCACUUGUGUAUGAAUUGAAAACGUCAUACAAUAAGAAUGCUGGCAACCAAUUGAAAUUUGCUAGAUUAUUCCCAAAGAAUAAAGUCAUGUCGGCUGACCCCGUGUUUCAACAGGUCAGGGUUUUAAAAUGAUUACAGGCAGCUUUAUGGUGGCACUGGAAAAAUCUUCAAAACAAAAGUCUAAAAAUCCCAACUUUACAACUUUUUCAUCUUUAUCGACUUUCUGUGAAACUUGGAAGACCAACUGAACUGUUUGAUGAAGACUAGUGAGCUGCAUGUUUGUUAAAUAACAAGCUCAUUGAUGAACAUUUUCUCUUUGGGCAAACAUUUAGACACUAUUGAUAAUUCUGAAUAUUUAUGUUUAUGUAGCAGUUCAAUCAGUGUCGAAAUCUGUCAAAAAUGGUCACAGGCAGUUUUUUCUGGGCAAUAAUUCUCUAUUAUCCUUUCUAGUUCAAGUGUUCUGAGACAAGUCAAGACUUCUCGAUCUUCAUUUGCUUUCAGAGACAACAUCUGUAUUGGCUGUGUUUGAUGAAUGUUUAUUCACAUGCUGGUACCUUCUGCUUGUAAAAGUCAUAUCCUGAUUUUAAGGCAGAGAUUCCUUCUCAAAAAUGUAUCCCAGCAUUGGCAACAUUUGCCUACACAAAGCAAUCCAAUGACAUUUGAUGGACGUAUCGAUAAUAGAGCUUAAAAAAGAGGCAACAAUGUGCAAUAAAAAAAACCUUUCACAAUAAAAGCAUAUCAGAGACUUAACCAUGCGUACAGGUUAGCUGGAAACUCCCUUUACCUUUAAUAUUGAAAUGCUUUGUGGUGGUUGGUCCGUAUAUAAUUCCAUUAAGGCAGUCUUAGGGAGGGGGGGCUUUUCCCACAAAAACAACAUACCCCAGCUUUAAGUACAAAGAUGUCUUAAUCUUAAACAAACUGGGAUAUAGGUGACAAUGUGAAAUUUAUCAGUUGAGUCUUUAAGAGAUCAUUUGAGGCCACUUCUCGCCUCAGAAACCUGAAAAUUAGAAACAGUUAUUUCCUUUGUGUUUACAGAAAAUACCCUGGGAGGAUGUCUGUGCAAAAUGUCAGAAAUAUUACUCUGGUGAUUGUUCAAAUCAGAACAAAAAAUAAGAUGUUUCAGUCACAGGAUAACUUCAACGUGGUUUGCCAAAAGUUGCACAAUGAAUGAAGAUGUUCUCUGCAUGAUAAUUGUGAAAUAUAGUCGUGUUGCUGUCAUUUUGAGUGUGUAUCAUUUUUACUUUACUGUUCAUUUAUCUGUUUGAUAUCAACCUUACAUUAAGUUGGCCUUAAAUAUAACUGAAGCUAUAAAAAAAACAAAAAACAGCCUGCAGUGAGAAUAGUUUGUCAUGGCCCUGGCUCCUGAUGAACUCACUUCAAAUGCUGACAUGUCCAAUGACUUAAAUGAAACCAAAAAAGACAACCAUUUUUUUUCUUAUGAUGAACUGAAAUGUCAGACACAUCUUUUAUGGAUGGAAAUGAACUCACUGACUGUGAUUUUAACUAUGCAUCUGCAGAAUGAGUGGAAAUAGCUUGUUCUUUUUCUUUUUACCUUUUCUUUUGUUUUCUAACAGAGUUCACAUCCUGUGUUUCUUGUCUGUUUUGUUUUUUUUGUCUUUUUUUAUCCUAAACCAUGAAGCAUUAAGUCAGUGAUGAUGGGACUCAGCAGUUAUGUUAGUGCUGUAAUAUUACUCACUGAUUUGGGUCUUUUUCUGUAAUUAUCUGUGUUGGCACAUAUUCCAGCCAUAAUAAAAUAUAAGUAUUUAAACAGAA